AGCGAGUAUUUCGACUCGUGUUGCUGGGAAAAAUGUUGAAGCUGCAAGCGAAAGCCGAGUCAGACCGUUUCGCGGUCUUUUUAGACCACAGAAGACUUAUUAACGAGGCAUACAGUAACGGAGAUUACCAGCUCAAGUCGAGCCUAUUUCAGUUUGAAGCCAAAAGAGCACAGCCGCUUGACGAACAAAAGAAAUCAAAGAAGCGGAAGCGAGUGCCGGAGGACUUACCAGACGAAGCGGACUCACACACUAUUGAAAAGUAUCUGGCUGUCUUGCCCACGCCCGUGGGCCGUAAGACAGCAACGCCUCUACCACGGUAUUGGGAGGCUCCAUACACACUUCCCCAGUUGCACGGCGCCAAUCAGAGUGGACAGGUCCAAAAAUUUCACAGCGGAGAUGAGGCCAACACCAGCUACAUCAUACCGGACAGGGCGCGCUUCUACAAUCACAAUGUAGACCAUCUGCCGGCACUGUUGCCCCAACUCUUGCCCAGCUACGAUCUGAUUGUAGUCGACCCGCCGUGGCGCAACAAGUACAUACGACGGCUGAAGCGUGUCAAGCAAGAGCUCGGUUAUUCCAUGCUAGACAACGACCAACUAGCUCUUCUCCCGCUCGCCAAGCUGACCAACACGCGCACCCUUGUGGCCAUCUGGUGCACGAAUUCAAUCCAGCACCAGACGGCUUUGGAAACACACAUUUUGCCGAGCUGGAAUCUACGCCUGCUCCACAAAGUGCGCUGGUACAAACUAAGCACGGACCACCAGCUUGUUGGCCCUCUCCAUGCAGACCCGACCCAGAAGCAGCCCUAUGAAAUGCUUUAUGUGGCCUGUCACACCGAUAGUCACGAGAACUACGGAAAGGAUGUACAAAAAGCAGAGCUAAUCCUCAGCGUUCCCAGCAUUGUGCACUCUCAUAAGCCGCCACUUCUGCCAUGGCUGCGACAGCAUAUAGAAUUGGAUCUUAAUCAAGCGGAUCCUAAUUGUCUAGAGCUUUUUGCACGUUAUCUGCAGCCGCAGUUCACUUCCAUUGGAUUGGAGGUACUAAAGUUAAUGGAUGAGCGCCUGUACGAAGCUCGCACGCAUAACAUUUAGGGAUGCCAAGUGCGACUCGCUGUAAAUUAUUGACUGAAUUAUAUAAUAAUUGUUUGUGUAUUUAAAAACGUCAUAAACCGCGACACCUGCAAUGGCUUAAAGUCAUUUUUU